CGGGUGGAGGGAAAAAUCACGCGAGUAGAACCUGUUAAAGGAAAAAAACCAACCGAACAAAAACGAAAAAUCCGCACAAGAUAUAUCACGCUUCCUCACCCAGCGACUCCACAAGGAUCAGAGUUUGACCGUGUGCAUGAUCUUCAGCCAUUGCACCUAUGCAUUUUUUCACCGAUGUUGUUUGAAGGGGAUAAGUUUGUGAACCUGGAGGCUACGCUUUUGUUUUGCGAGUUUGUUUAGUUCAUAUCAAAGCACUGUGAUCAAGAACAGCGCAGAAGUUUUCACUCUUCUACAGGAAUGUCCCAGAAGGAAAGACCCACUUUUUACCGACAGGAGCUCAAUAAGACCAUAUGGGAGGUGCCGGAUCGGUACCAGAAUUUAUCACCAGUGGGUUCUGGAGCUUAUGGAUCCGUAUGCUCGGCGUAUGACGCAAAGUCAGGCCUGAAGAUCGCGGUGAAGAAGCUGUCACGGCCGUUCCAGUCCAUCAUACACGCCAAACGCACGUACAGAGAACUGCGUCUGCUCAAACACAUGAAACACGAGAAUGUAAUUGGCCUCCUCGAUGCUUUCACAACUGCCACCAGCCUAGAAGAAUUCAAUGACGUGUACCUGGUGACUCACUUGAUGGGUGCAGACCUCAACAAUAUCGUGAAGUGUCAGAAGUUGACAGAUGAUCACGUCCAGUUCCUCAUUUACCAGAUCCUACGGGGAUUGAAGUACAUUCACUCAGCAGACAUCAUCCACAGGGAUCUUAAACCCAGUAACUUGGCUGUAAAUGAAGACUGUGAACUUAAGAUUUUGGACUUCGGGCUGGCACGACUUACAGACGAUGAGAUGACGGGAUACGUAGCCACCAGAUGGUACCGUGCCCCAGAGAUCAUGCUCAACUGGAUGCACUACAACAUGACAGUGGACAUCUGGUCGGUGGGCUGCAUAAUGGCUGAGCUCCUCACAGGACGGACCCUGUUUCCCGGCACUGAUCAUAUAAACCAGCUUCAGCAGAUAAUGAGACUCACAGGGACCCCACCAGCCUCUCUAAUAAGCAGGAUGCCAAGCCACGAGGCAAGGAACUACAUCAACUCCCUGGCACAUAUGCCCAAGAGGAACUUUGCAGAUGUGUUUAUUGGUGCAAACCCAUUAGCUGUGGACCUGCUGGAGAAGAUGCUGGUUCUGGACACAGAUAAACGGAUCACUGCGUCAGAGGCCCUUGCACACCCGUACUUCGCCCAGUAUCACGACCCAGAUGACGAGCCAGAGGCAGAACCCUACGAUCAGAGCUUUGAGAGUCGUGAUCUAGAGAUAGAAGAAUGGAAACAGCUCACAUACGAGGAGGUGAUCAGCUUCGAGCCUCCCGUGUUUGAUGGAAACGAGAUGGAGUCAUGAGGAGCCACUCUUCCUGGUCGACCAGCUGGAUCUUCAUUAAUACAGGAAAAUGACAUUCAAGUGCCUGCCAUUAUGAAGUGCUGGCUUCAAUGUGUUCUCUGAGACAGCUUAUUCACUCUGCCUUUAUAUACUCUGUUAAAUGAGGAAAACAAACUUGCAAAGUUCUCCAUUUGAAUUUCGAAAAGGACACUGAAUAUAUUGUUCUUUAUAUCAUUGCUUUCUUCCCCAAAAUUAACUACUCUUAUGGCCAGACCACUUUUAAAUAAAAUUUAAAUAUGUAUUCUCACAUAUCAGUCAGAUGAAUAUCUGCAUUUUAAGCUUGCAGUUCCAGUUUUUAUAUUCUUUUUGGGGAAGUAAAACAUGUACCUCGAUUCCAAACUCUGCUUGUAGCCUAUAAUGCAAAUGGACCGACAAGCUCAAAUGCUGUCAAAAUGCUACGAUUAAGACAUGUAAAUAAAAUGGCACUGCUGUAAAUAAAGAAUGAUGUGUGCCAACAGUUUUAUUUAGGAUUUGCUGUAAAGUGCACCAUUAACAUCUAGUCUCAGAAUUUGACCUGAAAUUUUAGUAGCAAAAAUUAUCUAAAAAGUGAAUCCAAUCAGCUAAAGAGAAUGUUAUUUCUAUGAAGUGCUCUGUGUAGAAUGUAAACAGAAGAGUAUGUCAGUGCAGUGUUCUUUUCCCAGCUGAGUCUCUGUCCUAGACAAUGGUAGAUGAUAGGAUCAGUAAUAAAUGCUGAUUGUAUGACUGCAGCCAUGCUUGCUUUUGACAUGAAAAUGAUAUGAGUGAAUCUCAGAAAAUUGUUGAGGUCAGAUUUCACCCUAAAAUCACAAAUUAUAUCUUAAAUAGUGAAAAUAAAUCUAUUUUUAGGAGUAUUAAUAUUUGGACUUUAUAUAUUAUGGAGGUAUUUAUACGUCAUUGUAGUACUUGAUGCACAGCCUUUAAUGUAUUUAUAAUUGUAUAAAGGUAUUACAAUAAUGAGAAUUAUCAUUGGGAAUAUUGGGACAUCCGUAUACAUUAGGGUAACAAGAAUUUUUUAAGGGGAAUUUGUGCUUGAUUGUAAUGAGAUUAUAAUUUAAAUAUAAUGUGGGGUGAAAUGUGGCCUGGCCAGACAUGUUCCUGGCCAGUUUCGUGAGAUUCACACUUUUGUCUUUCUGAAAUACAGAGUUAUUGGCCUGUAUUUCUAAUGAGUUCACCCCUUGUUAUGAGCAGCUGGUAAUCUAGCUAGACCGAAGUGUGGUUUCUUUCUUUUCACAUUUUUCCCCUUAAUUUAUUAUUUAUGAAAAUUUUGAGAAAUUGGGUUAAAAUGGAGAUCAAGGUUUUAACAGGAAGCUUGUGUCAUCAGGACAAAUCUUUGAGCAUGACCGCACAAUAGUCCACAAUACAACAGUCCUCCGAACUGAAAGUUUAUGCAUGUAAAAAUAAAAGUAACUGAGCAAGUGCUCUGUUAUUCAAUAAUCUUAAAGGGAUAGUUCACCCAAAAAGAAAAUUCUGUCAUCUUUUACUCCCCCUCAUGCCAUCCCAGAUGUGUAUGACUUUCUUCUGCUGAACACAACUGAUUUUCACAAACUAAUAUUUCAGCUUUGAAGGGUCUCAGUAAGUGAAUGUGUACCAAAACUUUGAAGCUCCAAAAUGCAUAUAAAGGCUGUAUUUAAAGUAAUCCAUAUGGCUCCAGUGUUAAAUCCGUAUCUUCAGAAGCGAUUUGAUAGGUGUGUGUGAGAAACGGAUCAAUAUUUAAGUCCUUUUUUACUCUUAAAAUUUUCUCCCUGCCCAGUAGGUGGCGAUAUGCACAAAGAAUGCGAAUAGCUAAAAACAAAAGAAGAACGUGAAAGUGGAGAUUGUUAAAAAAAUAACUUAAAUAUUGAUCCAUUUCUCACCCACACUUAUAUCAAUUUUGAAGAUAUGGAUUUAACCACUGGAGUCUUAUGGAUUACUUUUAAGAUCACUUUAUGCCACUGGAGCUUCAAAGUUCUGGUCACCAUUCACUUCCAAUGUGAAGAGCUGUACAGAGAUGAAAUAUUCUUCAAAAAAUCUUUGUUUUUGUUUAGCAGAAGAAAGUGCUACACAUCUGGGAUAGCAUGUGGGUGAGUAAAUGAUGAGAGAAUUUUCAUUUUUAAAUGAACUGUCACUUUAAUUGAACAUCCCAGCCUAAAAGACUUGCAAGGAAUUUGUUUUCUCAAUUGGAAUCAGCAUCUAACUUUCUGUAUCGGUUCAGUUAUUUUAAGAAUUGUUAGUUUAAGUGUUCACUUUUCUGCUGUAUAUAAUCACUUAAUUUUAUUCAGAAAUAUUUGUGCAUGUAUUUUACGUAAGGCACUGUGUUUCUGUUUGUUUGCACAUUUACAGGGAAACCGUGUCAGUCUGCAGAAAGAUAAUGUAGUGCAUCCAGCAGUAAAAUCCAUUUGUGGUUUUUGUUUUAUUUUUAAUGGAAAAGAGGUUGUCUCUCUUUUAUGCAAAACAGGUUUUUCUCAGUCAUCCAUGAUAAGCAGCUACAGUAGGCCUAUGUGGUCUGUAAACAACUCCUAUACAGGAAUAAAUGCAGUUACUUUCGCAACAUUCACUCUAUGAUAUAACUCCAGUAUUUGGAUGCAUGUCAUGGCAAAACAAAUGAAUAACUGUUUUUUAUUCCAUUCUGAACAAUAAAAUGUUUGAAAGACGAA